CUUCAGGUUUUGAACGAAGAAUGCGAUCAGAAUUGGUACAAGGCAGAGCUCAAUGGCAAGGAUGGCUUCAUUCCCAAGAACUACAUAGAAAUGAAACCACACCCGUGGUUUUUUGGGAAGAUCCCCCGAGCAAAGGCUGAGGAGAUGUUAGGCAAACAGAGACACGAUGGUGCCUUCCUCAUCAGAGAGAGUGAGAGCGCUCCGGGGGACUUCUCCCUCUCAGUCAAGUUUGGAAAUGAUGUGCAGCACUUUAAGGUGCUCAGAGAUGGGGCUGGCAAGUAUUUCCUCUGGGUGGUGAAGUUCAAUUCUUUGAACGAGCUGGUAGAUUAUCACAGAUCCACAUCUGUCUCCAGGAACCAGCAAAUAUUUCUCCGGGACAUUGAACAGGUGCCACAGCAACCCACAUACGUUCAGGCCCUGUUUGAUUUUGAUCCCCAAGAGGAAGGAGAGCUGGGCUUCCGUCGCGGAGACUUUAUCCAAGUCCUUGACAAUUCUGACCCCAACUGGUGGAAGGGAGCCUGCCACGGACAGACGGGCAUGUUUCCACGCAACUAUGUGACCCCAGUGAACCGGAACAUCUAGAGAGAAAUAUUAGAGAUUAUUUAAAGCAACCAGAGAAACAGUAAAUACACAUACAGAACCUAACUGCAGCCAGUGACCUAACAUCACACGGCGAUAAAAACCUGAGUCACCUUCUCUCCAUGAGGUGAUCCUUCCUUCACUCAGUACGGAACUUCAGGGGUGGGGUGGGGGGGAAGAGUUCAACUUACACACCAAAACUUGUCUUUAAAAA